AUGUCAAUUGCCAACACAGGAAGUGUUGAUCUUGAAGCAGUUCUUAAUGUCGGCCGUCGGACGCUAGUAUCAAUUGGUGAAACAUCAGCUGCUCCUUUUCAACAGCCGUGUCAUGCAGAUACAGUUUAUUUAAAACGCGAAGAUAAUUCAAAUUCGAUAUUUUCUGUUGAUUCAAAAAUAUUUAUUUUUGGUGAAUUACAACUUUUAUGCAAUAUAUUUGAACGUUAUACAUCACAUAUGACCUUCUUUGAAAAAGUAUCUCAUGAAACUAAUUCAUCGUCGCCGUCUAGUUCAAAUAAACCAAUUUAUUUAGCAACACUGGAAAAAAAUGAGCCGAACACUCACGAAGAACCGCCGAUUAUUUCAACACUUCGUCACACUUCUAUUUCUUCGUCAAAAGGAUCAGCAAGUCCAACAUGUUCACCGGGAGUUCCAAGACGACGACAAACAUUCAAUUCUACAGGUCGAAAGCAAACUGUGUCAUCAACAGCAAGCGAAUAUUCAGCACAAAAUCUUGACGGUAAACGUUAUGGAUGCAUCGAAUUACCACAUAUGACAACAAUUGAAAUUAUGGAAAUACUUUUACGCUCUGGUUUGGAGUUGGUUAAUGUAUCAAGUGAUUAUGAUAAAAACACUCUACAUCAAAGUUUUGUUUUUUCAAAAACUCGCAAUGCAUCACAAAAACAUGGACAAAAUCCUUCAAAAUAA